AUGGAACGCAGGAGACGGACCCCCAUUUCUGAAGAAUGUAAAUAUACUAUUAACCGCUUGGUGGCUUACCAGCUACACAUCAGUGAUGUCUAUUUAUCCAUGGCCUGCUACUUCGUUGAUGAGAAGGGAAUGCCUCCUUUCGUCAUGUUCUUCGAGGAAGAGGCGGAGAUAAGGAGGCAGCAAGCAAAAUACUUCCUAAGAUUUCUAAGAAAACGUGAGGCUAUGAUCUGCCUUCCAGUUAUAAAGAGGCCGGAUAUAGAUAACUGGGGAGGUGCCAUACAAGCACUGACAUCUGCUCUGCAAAUGGAAAAUAUAUUGAACGGGAUCCUGGAAGACCUGAAUACAUUAGCUUCUGAGACUGGUGAAACUGAGCUCAGACCCUUCCUGACGGAAUUCCUAGAUAAACAGAAAAGGAACAUAGAUUAUCUGGAAUGCCAAAUUUCUUAUCAGAAUAAACUAGAAGAGGGGAAGCAGAUGGAAAGCAUGUCUGAAAUGAGUGCUAAGACAUCAGCAUCAGGUGAAGAGACUUAACUU